AUGUUUAUUCUAGAUGAUUAUAUAUCUAUUGAUGAAUCAUCAUUUACAGGUGAAACAAAACCAUCAAUGAAAAUGGUCGAUUCAAUUUCAUUUGGUUCAAGACAAACAUCGAUUAGUGAUAGACGAAAUAUUGUUUUUAUGGGUACAUAUGUACUUAAUGGAAAUGCAAAAGGUAUUGUGGUAUGUACAGGUGAAAAUUCAGAAUUUGGAAAAGUAUUUCAAAUGAUGCAACAACAAGAAGCACGAAAAACACCAUUACAAAAGAGUAUGGAUGCAUUAGGAAAACAACUUUCAUAUUAUUCAUUAAGUAUUAUUGGUUUUAUUGUUAUUGUUGAAUGGUUACAAGGUAGACAUCUUCUUGAAAUGUUUACUAUUGGUGUCAGUUUGGCAGUAGCAGCUAUUCCUGAAGAUUUACCAAUUGUUGUAACUGUAACAUUAGCACUUGGUGUUCAACGUAUGGCAAAACGAGAAGCAAUUGUUAAAAAAUUACCUAUUGUUGAAACACUCGGUUGUGUAACAGUUGUAUGUUCAGAUAAAACAGGUACAUUAACAAAAAAUGAAAUGACUGUUAAAAAUAUUUUAAUAUCAGAUGGAGAAAUUGCUGAAGUUACAGGUUCAGGUUAUGAUGGUCAAGGUGAUGUUCUAUGUGGUCAUCAACGAGUAACUUAUGAUUCUCAUCCAUUAAUUUCAAAAAUAGUUGAAGUUGAAGCUGUUUGUAAUAAUGCUAAAAUAAUCAAUUCACAACUUCGUGGUCAACCAACUGAAGGUGCUUUACUUGCUGUUGCAAUGAAAAUGAAUAUUCCUUAUCUUCGUGAACAAUUUCAUCGUGGACGUGAAAGGUCAUUUUCACAUGAAAAUAAAUGGAUGGCUGUACAGUGCACAUGCACACCAAAAUAUAAUCCGAAUGAAAUACGUUUAUAUGUUAAAGGAUCUAUUGAACAAAUAUUAAGAUUAUCUAAACAAUAUUUACAUCGAGGAAUAGCUGUACAAUUAACAGAUAUCAAAAUUCGAGAAUUUAUGAUGGAAUCAAAUCAAAUGGGAGCUAAAGGAUUACGAGUUUUAGCCAUGGCAACAGGAACUUCACUUGAAGAUUUAACAUAUGUUGGUAUGGUUGGAAUUAUUGAUCCUGAACGUCCACAAGUUGAAGAAGCUAUUGUUCAAUUAAAAUCAGGUGGUGUUAUUGUUAAAAUGAUAACAGGUGAUGCUGAAAAAACAGCAAAAGCAAUAGAUCUUGAUCAUAUGAAUGCAGCUGAUGUACGUGAUAUUGUUUCACAAGCAUCAGUAUUCUAUCGUGUUAGUCCAAAACAUAAAUUAACUAUUGUUAAAGCAUUACAAGCUCAAGAACAUAUUGUUGGUAUGACAGGUGAUGGCGUUAAUGAUGCAGUUGCACUUAAAGCAGCUGAUAUUGGUAUAGCUAUGGGACAAACAGGUACUGAUGUAUCUAAAGAAGCAGCUGAUAUGAUUCUUGUUAAAGAUGAUUUUUAUACAAUUAUGGCAGCAAUCGAAGAAAGUAAAGGAAUAUUUCAUAAUAUACAAAAUUUUGUUCGAUUUCAAUUGAGCACGUGA